AUGCGAGGGAUCUGGAGCCAAGCGAUUACCCUAGCGGUAAUACAAAUCGCUCUAGUCACGGGAAAGGCGUUAAUACCGCAAGAACAACAAACACAGCAACAGUUGGAGCCUAAGGCUGAGGCAACUAAUAACGCACAGAAACGUGUUGGUUACGACUAUCCCGCCCCACCGCUCGACCUUGUGAAUCCUUUUCAAGAUCACGACGAUUUACACCUUCAUGGCGACCAUCAUGAAGUAGUAGAACAUCACGAAGAACACGAAUAUCCCGAAGCACAUGGGCAUCACGAUGAAGACCAUAUUCAUGAAGAACAUCAUAUAGAAGAACAUCAUGAGGAACACCAUGAAGAACAUCACGAACACCACGACCACCACGAUCACCACGACCCAGGUUAUUGGAAAAAGAAACUUAUAUGGAAACCGGGAUGGAAGAAAAUAUGGAAGCAGUCGAAAAAGCAAAUAUGGAAACCAUCAUGGAAAAAAAUUUGGAAGCCUAUUUGGGUCCCAACUAAAAUUCCCGUUUGGAAAGAUAUUAAAGUCCCAGACUGGAAAAAAAUUUACAAACCCGUGUGGAAGCCUAUUAAAGUACCAGCUUGGAAAGAAGUGAAAGUUCCAGACUGGAAAAAAAUACAAGUCCCUGUAUAUAAAGACAUAGUGGUACCAGGCUGGAAAGAAAUUCAAGUUCCAGCAUGGAAACAAGUAUGGGUGCCAGAAUGGGUUAAAGUAGGUGUACCCGGUGAGAAAUACCUUGGUAAAGAUCAUGAUGGAUGGGAAUAUACUUCGCAUGAUCUUUGGAAAAAAAAGUUAAUUUGGAAACCAAUUUGGAAAAAGUAUUGGAAGCCAGCUAAAAAACAAAUCUGGAUACCAGAUAAGAAAUUAUGGAAAGAGGCUUGGAAGCAGAUUUGGGUGCCAGAUUGGAAAGAUAUUUGGAUACCAGGAGUAAAGAAAAUUUGGCGACCAGUUUGGAUAUCAGAGUGGUUCCCAUCUCCUGAUCAUCAUGAACAUAUUCAUGAAUCCCAUGGGUGGGAUCGAAGUGAUAAUAGCGUAGCAGCUAGCCAAAAGUCAGAAGUAGUUAAAGAGGCUCCUCAGCAACUGAAACCGCAACAAUCUCAACAGUCAUCGUGGCAGUUUCCAAAAUAA